AUUUUUUUUUUCCAGAUAGAAAAGAAAAUUAAAGUUUUCAUUUUUCAACAGUUAGAGCCUCCGACUCGACUGGGGUCAGUCGACAGCCAGUUACCUAAUACCGAGAAGGUAAAAAAAAAGCCUUGAAAUUUGAAGAGAGGAGAAGACAGAACUGAGAGUCGAGGCACCGUCUUAGCUACGCAUACCUUUCUUCCUCCUCCGAUCAAUAACUGUUUUGGUCUUUUUGGGUAAAGCUUUUAACAAAAUAGUCAAUCAUUAUAUUAAGUUGGGUCUUUUGCUUUGUUAUUUGUGGAAGAAGGAAAAAUGGGAGGUCCUUCGCGGCAGUGUCAAGUUUGCAACCAAUCUCAAUCCAAGUACAAGUGCCCCUCUUGUCUUGUUCCUUAUUGUUCUCUGGCUUGUUUUAAGAGGCACAAAGAAACUCCCUGCGUGAAGCCACAACCCACAAAGGAAAAAUCUGAAUUAAAGUGUAUGGAUGAUGCAGGAAACCCUUGUGUGAAGUCAGGGUCCACUAAUGAUGCAGUAACAACUAGCGUCCAGCCAGAGUCCACUAAUGAUGCAGAGACCCCAAGUGUCAAGCCAGAAUCAUCUGAAGAAAGAUCCAGAUUUCAGGUGGAAAGGAAACUAGAAGUUGAUGACCCAAGUGAGGUGCUACAAAUGUUGCAAAUGCAGGCUAUUGCUUCUUCCAGUGAAGUCCGUGAAGCCUUGAAGGAUGAACAUCUUCAAAAACUCAUCUCUGAUAUUGAUAGCUCCCCAGAUGCAAUGAAUGAACUUGACAAAGCUAUGGGAGUGGAUGUUUUCCGCAUUUUCAGUGAUAAGGUAUUUUAUUAUCUUCAAUUAGAGCAAGUCUUUAGUUCUUAACAAUAUUCAUCUGUUCUUGUUCGCCUGUUGGGUAUCCACAUGAAAUACCAGAUAGCUGCUGCAGAUCAGAACUUGGUAAUAUCCAAAGCUAAAUGCUAUUGUUUUCUCUGUUAUCAGAUUUUAUCUGCAAUCAACCCAUGACCGCUUAUUGUUAUAACAAGAAAAAAAUUUGUUUGUACCGGAAGGCUUGUAUUUUAGGAGGCCUCAGAAGUUCUUUGCGGAGAUGUCAAUAGAGUUGUGUACAAGUUUUGCUGUGACUUUAGAGGAGAAAUCAUCCUGCCAUCUCGAGCCUGGUCAGGGGUUGAUGUUUCUUUAAGUUCAGAACGAAGGCUCAUUAAAUGUAGUAAUUGGCUAAGUCCUUAAACAUAUCCUCUCCCAGGAGUUUUGCAAACACAUUUUUCUUUUGUUGUGCAUGUGGUGUGAGUUUAUAUCUCGAUGAAAAUGCCUGCCAUGGCCUCUCUUUGUUACAGUAGGUCCCCAUCCAUUACUUAUCUCUUCUACCCUGCUGCCAAAUUUUCAUUGUUUUUAUAUGAAUAGUAAUACUACAUUAUUUGAAAGAAGAGUUUAGGGGAUGAUUGACAAUAGAAAAUGUACUAUGGUCGCUUAUGGUGUGAAAAGUCAAGCUUUUAAGUUCUUCGAGGAGGCUGCAUAUCAUUGUCAUAAUGAGAAUACAAAAAAAAAACGAGGGUCUAUCAUCUCAUCUAUUAGAUGAACUGAACGUAGACCCCUUUUUUGUUCUCUGUAUGACUAAUGAGAGGUCGUUCUCUUACUUUUUGGCCGAAUGUUGGUCGAAGUGCCAAAUUCUGAGAGUUCUUUUAUCGCUUCAUUAUCUGCUAUCUGAUACGUUCAGAUUGCUCAUACAAUGCCUGCCCUUCAGUUUCAGUCAUCCGUACUGUAUUUUGAAUAUGGUUGUCGGUUAGCCUACAGCAUAUUUAUGUCCCAAUUUAUUCUGUUCCCCCAGUCGUCUAUAUGUAUGCCCACCUACAUUAUUUUCAGCAUAUAUUGAUGAAGGGUCCUGCUCAUACCUAUGAUGUCCGCCUUUCUUUGUUGGAGGAGAUGGUAGGUGGGCGUGCCUUUUUGAUUGGAGAACAUUGAUCCAAAGCUCAAUAUGCACUGAAAAGAUAAAAAGGUGACGGCGACCAUUUCUCAUAUGCACCUUUUUGAGGUUCAGAGAAUUGAGGCAAAAGUUCAAUAUGAGCUGAAAAAUUUUAAAGGGAACAGCGACUCUUCCCUCCUUUGCACCUUUCUAAGAUUCAGAAUAUAUAUAUAGCUAGUGAUGGGGGUGCAGUCACGAGCUUGAAGCCAGUCUACAAGUUGAAACCUAAAAGGAAAAAUUCUCUUCAAAGCUCCGCUUGAUAUUGCUUUGUC